AUGUACUGUAUAUUUGAUGUUGCUUUUAAUGGUUCACCAAAUAGUCGAACUAAAACAGCAAGUAUCAUACCAAUUGAAUUUGCUACUUCAUGGGAUUUACGAGUACAAUUUUAUCCAUUAACAAUAAUAAUUGUAUUACCAACAUUACCAUUUGUAUAUCUCUUUACAAAAAUACUCAAAAGUAAUCUACUUGUGCGUAUACAUAUUGUCAUUGCUUAUUAAUUAUGAUUUAGAUCUUCCUUUUUAUCAUCUAUUUUCUAUAGUGUAGAUUAUCAGUAUUGUUUAUAUUAAUUGUUCUUCACUUGGUUAGCAUAAUUGUACCAAUAGUGAUGUCAAUUGUUAAUCAUAAACUUGUUGAAAAGGUGAUUUAUUGGUUAUUAAAUAUUAUAUCACCAACGAUAAAUGCACAAGCUAUUGUAACAUACAUACUAGCACAAAAAAGUAAAUUUUGUCAAAUCCUUAUUAAUAGUGAUGUUACAUUUUUUAAAUCCAUUGGUAAUGAUACUAUUGCAUGAAAUUGGGUAGUUCUUAUUUUACAUAUUAUUAUUUUCAAGGGGGAAAAAGCGGAUCCCGGGAUCCAGUGGGAUCCAGUGGGAUCUAGUGGGAUCCAGCGGGAUCCAGUGGGAUCCAGCGGGAUCCAGUGGGAUCCAG